AUGGCUGCAGCUGUAGCUAAAGUACCCGCGUUAAUCAGUUCGGCAGUCGCACAGGCUAGGCCAAAGUUUGCGAUUUUCAUGAAAUACGCCAAGGUAGAAUUAGCACCCCCUAAGUUAAGCGAGAUCCCACAGAUCAAAGCUGGUAUUGCAAAGCUUCUCAGCAGCGCUAAAUCUGGUGCGUGGAAACAGCAAACCGUGAAGCAGGCGACUCUGAACACUUUGGUUGGCGCCGAAGUAAUUUUCUGGUUCUAUAUUGGAGAAUGUAUCGGUAAACGCCACUUUGUCGGCUACGAUGUUUAA